AUGGGAAAUGACUGGGAUGCGCACACUGGGGCCUGCCUGCAGACGUUGGAGGGCCAUAAUGGCGAUGUCAACUCAGUGGUGUUCUCCCACGACAACAGUCGCGUCGCGUCCGGGUCAGAUGACAAGACGAUCAAGAUCUGGGAUGCGCACACCGGGGCCUGCCUGCAGACGCUGGAGGGCCAUAAUUAUCCUGUCAUCUCAGUGGUGUUCUCCCCCGACAGCAGCCGGGUCACGUCCGGAUCUUGGGACAAGACGAUCAAGAUCUGGGAUGCGCACACCGGUGCCUGCCUGCAGACGCUGGAGGGCCAUGACGACUGGGUCAACUCAGUGGUGUUCUCUCCUGACAGAAGCCGCGUCGCGUCCGGGUCGCGGGUGGACGACAGGACGAUCAAGAUCUGGGAUGCGCACACCGGGGCCUGCCUGCAGACGCUGGAGGGCCAUGAUAGUAGGGUCAACUCAGUGGUGUUCUCCCCCGCUAGCAGUCGCGCCGCGUCCGGGUCGGACGACAGGACGAUCAAGAUCUGGGAUGCGCACACUGGGGCCUGCCUGCAGACGCUGGAGGGCCAUAAUGACGAUGUCAACUCAGUGGUGUUCUCCCACGACAACAGUCGCGUCGCGUCCGGGUCGGACGACAGGACGAUCAAGAUCUGGGAUGCGCACACCGGGGCCUGUCUGGAAACCCUGGAGGGCCAUAAUGACAUUGUCAACUCAGUGGUGUUCUCCCACGACAACAGUCGCGUCGCGUCCGGGUCAGAUGACAAGACGAUCAAGAUCUGGGAUGCACACACCGGGGCCUGCCUGCAGACGCUGAAGGGCCAUGACAGUGUCAUCAACUCAGUGGUGUUCUCCCACGACGGCAGCCGGGUCGCGUCGGGGUCUUAUGAUGAUGCGAUCAAGAUAUGGGAUGCGCACACUGGGGCCUCUCUGCAGACGCUGGAGGGCCAUGGCGACUGUGUUAGAUCAGUGGUGUUCUCCCCCGACAGGAGCCGGGUCGCGUCCCGGUCGGACGACAAGACGAUCAAGAUCUGGGAUGCGCACACCGGGGCCUGCCUGCAGACGCUGGAGGGCCAUGAUAGCGAGGUCACCUCAGUGGUAUUCUCCUCCGAUAGCAGCCGUGUCGCGUCCGGGUCGGACGACAAGACGAUCAAGAUCUGGGAUGCGCACACCGGGGCCUGCUUGCAGACGCUGGAGGGCCAUGAUCACUUUGUCAAAUCCGUGGUGUUCUCCCACGACAGCAGCCGCGUCGCAUCCGGGUCUUUCGACAAGACGAUCAAGAUCUGGGAUGCGUACACCGGGGCCUGCCUGCAUACGCUGGAGGGCCAUAGCGACUGGGCCAUAUCCAUGGCGUUCUCCACCGACAGAAGCCGCGUGGCGUCCGGGUCUUUCGACCAGACGAUCAAGAUCUGGGAUGCGUACACCGGGGCCUGCCUGCAGACGCUGGAGGGCCAUGACAGUUUCAUCAACUCAGUGGUUUUCUCCCACGACGGCAGCCGGGUCGCGUCUGGGUCUCAUGAUGAUGCGAUUAAGAUCUGGGAUGCGCACACCGGGGCCUGUCUGGAAACCCUGGAGGGCCAUAAUGACAAUGUCAACUCAGUGGCGUUCUCUCACGACAGCAGCCGCGUUGCGUCCGGGUCAGAUGACAAUACGAUCAAGAUCUGGGAUGCGCACACCGGGGCCUGCUUGGAAACCCUAAACGUCGGCUCCGUUGGGGACUUUCUUUCCUUUGACACCACCAACUCCUCUCUUCACACUAAUGUUGGAAUCGUUGCCCUUCGCGGCUCAGCAACACCUGACCCUACGACUCCGACUAAAGUGUCCGCGUCAGAACGCCAAUCACCUAGCGCAAGUCAACUGCCGCAAUCCCCUAAAUAUCACGGUUACGGUAUCAGUCCCGAUGGAUUCUGGAUCACGCGGCGUUCACAGAACUGGCUCUGGCUGCCUCCCACCUAUCGCCCGACCUGUUCGGCUAUAGGAAAGUCUGGAAUAGCGGUGGUGCUUGGCUGCCCGUCUGGACGUGUCUUGAUCUUCAAAUUCGCCCCUGGGGAUGCCGACUGA